AUGGGACUCCCAAUCACAGGCGGUCAAGAGGUCAAGUCUUUAGUUCUCUUUAAACCUCUAGAACUGUCCACUGUUGCUGUGGAGGACUCAGAACUGUCCACUGUUGCUGUGGAGGUGGAGGACUCAGAACUGUCCACUGUUGCUGUGGAGGUGGGGGACUCAGAACUGUCCACUGUUGCUGUGGAGGACUCAGAACUGUCCACUGUUGCUGUGGAGGUGGAGGACUCAGAACUGUCCACUGUUGCUGUGGAGGUGGGGGACUCAGAACUGUCCACUGUUGCUGUGGAGGUGGGGGACUCAGAACUGUCCACUGUUGCUGUGGCGGUGGAGGACUCAGAACUGUCCACUGCUGCUGUGGAGGUGGAGGACUCAGAACUGUCCACUGUUGCUGUGGAGGUGGGGGACUCAGAACUGUCCACUGUUGCUGUGGAGGUGGAGGACUCAGAACUGUCCACUGUAGCUGUGGAGGUGGAGGACUCAGAACUGUCCACUGUUGCUGUGGAGGACUCAGAACUGUCCACUGUAGCUGUGGAGGUGGGGGACUCAGAACUGUCCACUGUAGCUGUGGAGGUGGAGGACUCAGAACUGUCCACUGUUGCUGUGGAGGACUCAGAACUGUCCACUGUUGCUGUGGAGGACUCAGAACUGUCCACUGUUGCUGUGGAGGACUCAGAACUGUCCACUGUUGCUGUGGAGGACUCAGAACUGUCCACUGCUGCUGUGGAGGUGGAGGACUCAGAACUCGUGGGGGGAAUUCAUGGGGGCUGUGGUAAGAAUUCACCUAUAAAGUUCCUAAAGUGAUCAAUAAACUACCAAAUGAGACAUUUUUGUGUAAUAGUACACUACUGCAGGUGUAUUCAAAGCUGGACCUCAAAGACAGUUCCACUUCGGAUUUUCAUUCAUCCCCUCUAAUCGGGACACCUUUUUAAUUAUCAGGUAGAACAGAAAACCAGCAGUACUCCGGACCUCCGUGCUCAGAUUUGAAUACCACUGUAUCAAUGUCUUCUCUCUGACCUCCUCAAACUCAAGAUUGAAAGGCGCUGCUCUCACUGCAAUAAAGAAGGGAUGGUUUAUCACACCAGACAAAUGAGAUAUGCAGAUGAAGGACAGGCUGUCUUCUACAGAUAAAGAGAAAAGGGACUCCUGAGAAGAGAUUGAGACGCUUCCCCAUUCUCCUGGACCUCCUUCAAUAUUCUUCUCCUUUAUUUCGUCUGUAAACAAGAAUGCGUUUGAUCAAU